UUUUUUGCAGAAGGAAUUCAAAAAUGGGUGUAAAGGGCCUCCAGAGCUUUAUGGAGCGCUGCUGUCCUGAAGCGUGUGUGACUGUACACUUGAGGGAGAUGGCAAAACAACACACUGUUCCACAGGGAGGUACAUCUGCACACAACCCGACCCGAUGUAUAGUAAAAAAUGGGGUAGUUUAUUGGGCUUGUGUUUUGUCUUGUGAUCCAGAUUCAUAACAUGUAUUGGAUGAACAUUGCUAUUUCCCACAUUGGUCGUAGACGGGAUGGCCUGUCUGCGUCCCUGGUACUCCGGUAAAGACUGGGUGUCUGGGGGGCAGUGGAAAGAAUAUAUGGACAUCCUGAAAAGCUGGGUGGAAGCCUUUACCUCUGCAGGCAUCCGAUUAGUCUUUUUCUUUGAUGGAGUUGUGGAGGAGCAAAAGAGACCAACAUGGAUAAAGAGGCGUCAUCGAGUAAAUGGUGAUAUUUGUAAAAUAUUUGCCCAUAUUAAAGCCUAUGGAGAGCAACCUCGUGGAGAGAUGUGUGUUUUGCCUUCUGGUCUGGCAACAUUUACCAGAUUUGCUCUUAAAUCAUUGGGGCAGGAAGUGUUUUGCUCAGUAAGAGAAGCUGACUAUGAGAUUGCCAGCUAUGCACGUGAGCACAACUGCAUGGGCAUAUUGGGACAGGACACAGAUUACAUUAUAUUUGACAGUGCGCCUUAUCUGUCUUCUGCAAAGUUAAGGAUAAACUCUUUAACUACAGUCCUUUAUGACCGUCAGAGACUCUGCCACACCCUUGGAUUGGCAGUUUUUCACUUACCGCUAUUAGCUUGUCUCCUCGGUAAUGAUGUUGUGUCUGAAGAACAAAUGCAACCUAUACGGAAAGAUGCCUUGGCAAAAUACAGCAAAUUGAAUUCUACAUCCUAUCCUGGUUCCCAGCAGCAAGAUAUUAUACUUGCUGUGUCUCAGUUUGUGCGCUCCUGUUCAGAAAGUCCUGAUGUACUUGUUACACCGUCUUUAAAACUAUCACCUGUAGACAAAGAACUACUGGAGAAAGGUGUCCAGUCAUACUUACUGUCUGAUCAAACGAAACAUCUGUCUAGUGAAACUACAGACCACCCUGUAGCUGUUUACCAGAAAUACGUCAGUCCAACCAUAUUACAGGCAUGUCGAGAGAAACAUGUAGCAGCAGAGGGAUUCAUGGUUUACUCUGUUGUGUCUGAGGGAAUGGUUGAAUGUAGCAACAGUCUGGAGGACGAAGAGGACACAGAACUCUUGCCACAAGCUCUUGUCUAUAAACCUUGUAGACAGAGAAUGUAUGGUGUUCUACUACUGCACACAUUCAGCGAUGUUGAUAUAAACCCACCACCGAUUAAGGAAUGGUUUGUUUACCCUGGAAAUCCCCUGAAAGAGCCUGAAAUGGUCCCCCCUACCCCACUUAACAUGCAAUGUGAUCAUCCUGGGUUAGACACAUUAUGGUUCGGCGAAGAGGAGGAAAUUUCAUCACUGCGCCGGGCAUGCUUUCUGGCAAUUCUUGACUGCCAAGACUUUGCAGAGCUGUAUGGAAUUAUAGAGGAGCACCUUUUCAUCACAUUGUGUUUAGUGACCUACAUAACUCUGCAGGUACAGACACUGUCUCAAGAGGACGUGCAUGCAUACCUGAGCCAGGCUGUAUGUUUGGCACACAAAUCUCCUCAAGACAUCCAGCAGAUUAAGUUACCCUUCUUGUGCAGUCGGGCCGUACAGCUAGGAUGCUUGUAUGUGCGUGGCCUCAGUUAUCUCCUGGGGGCAAACUGUGCCAGUGGCUGUCCACUAACCUCUGAAGCCCUGAUGCCCUGGAACAGCUUUGAUGGACGACUUUUCCAGUCAAAGUAUCUCUCAGCUCAUAGCAGAGUGGAGGACCUAGUGCUGCUGGAUAAUGAUGCCUCCUGUUUGAGUGUCUUUCAUACCUUGAGGAGUAAAGUCAAAGAAGUUUGUCUGAAGAAAGGCAGAGAGCUGCAGUCCAAACCCAGACGUUGCACUCCACAGUUUAAGACCGGAGAGGAGCCCCGACACUGGGGGCACACAGGUGGUGAGGGCUUGGGAAGAGGCAUUCAUCAUAGCACAGAAGGAUGGAGGGGCAGAAGAGAGGCCAGAAGAAGAUAUCAUUUGUAUGAAAACAGAGGGAGACAAAACAGAGGACACUACCCCUCAACUUCACAACAGCAUCCAGACUUUUAUUCGCAACAAUAUCACAACAGAGGGGCUUUUGCCAACAGAAGAGACUCCAGGGGCCGAUUCAGCCAUAGAGGCAGAUACCACCUAGCACCAAGAUGGUCACAACCACCUGCUUCAUGAGAAGAAACAAGUGACAAAGAUUUAAAUUAGUGAAGAAAGGCCAAGUUGUGAUGAAAGGAGUAGUCAAGUGCCUCUCAACAAACUUAAUGUAUUUCAGGUUUGUUUGUUCAAGGGGAUCACCUGUGAGACGUUUGAAGAUUAAGAAAAAAUAAAUGAUGUUCUGUCAACCGUGGUGUAAAUUUGCGUUUCUGAUAGAAAAAGAGAGACUUUUGAAUUGAGAAGAUUCAGUCAAUCCAUGCGUGUAAGUAAACCUAAAUGGUGUUUAAAAUAGAGUAGUGGAUUAGUUGUUAAUCUCAGAGCCUGUUUUUAUAUUUUAUCUGUGUGAAUAGACAGGCAUACAUCUUUAAAAGUAAUGUUUACACUGGGCCUGACUCUAAUAAUAAAGGUUUAUCUACAGAGAGAGAUUUUAUGACAGGUACCAAAACCUAUAAUCAGAACAUCACUUUGGCAAAUUAGGGGAGUUAAGACUGCCGUUUGAAGUGAAUUUAACCUUUGUAAAUCUGUCUAUUAAAAGUGCUUAAU